GCGCUCUGCGUGCGCAUCUUUACUUUUCGUAUUUUCUGCAUAUUCAAAGAAUCGUGCGAACAAAUUAAUGCGUGAUUUUAUCCAAAUAAACCGUAUAGCGCAUUAAUCAACUGGCAUAUCGCUCACGCUAUCGAUGCACCACUAAACAAAACAUAGUGUACGGGCAUUACAAUUUUAAGCAAACACCACACAGUAUUAUUUUGAGCGGAAGAUAAAAUGAUUGCUGAUUUGUACGCUUAUUUAACUAACUUACCUCGAUGGCACAUUUUCGCAAUAUUCCUCAUAGGAUAUCUAUUUUACUAUUUGAUGGAAGUUGUUAAGCGCCCGAUUCUUGCUAUCGCUGAUGGCCCGUUUAAGAAAUAUCUACGUAGGAACAUUCCUAUAUUGGAGAUGAAAUUCUGGCCAACUUUUUGGUGCGUCGAAAGCCGUGCUCAAACCGUCUUCGCUAGCAUCAUUCGUUCUAACAUGAUUUCGGAUAUAGACUAUCGCCGUGAGGUUCUUACGUUAAAAGAUGGUGGCGAAGUAGCUUUGGACUGGUUAGAAACAAACUGUGAUAGUGAUUCGCCUCUUAUCAUCAUCCUUCCGGGAUUAACAGGCGAAUCGCAAGCAGAGUACAUCAAGUGCUUAGUGACAUCAGCCAAUCGCAUUGGCAUCAGGACAGUUGUGUUCAAUAAUCGGGGCCUGGGAGGGGUGGCACUAAAAACUCCCAGGUUGUACUGUGCAUCUAACAGCGAAGAUCUGUCAGAAGUAGUUAACCAUGUCCGAAAAUUAAAUCCUCAUGUGAAAAUUGGAGCCACUGGAAUAUCAAUGGGCGGGUUGAUAUUGGGGAAUUAUUUGGCUAACUACAGCGACGAGUCCAAGGGAAUUCUCACUGCCGCAAAGAUAAUCUCGGUGCCUUGGGAUGUAAAUAAAGGGUCAGAUAGCAUCGAACAGCCAUAUCUUAACAGCAUGCUUGGCCGUCAUUUAGCAGGAAGCUUAUGCCGCACGGUGCGCAAGUAUGAUAUUUUAAGGCACGAAGAUUUUGACUGGGACAUGGAUCAAGUUCUACAGAGCAAAACGAUCAAGGAGUUUGAUUCCCAUUUCACAUCGAAGCACUUUGGCUACAAAGAUGUCGAUAGUUAUUACGCUCAAGCUACGCUGCACAACAAGCUACACAAAAUCAAAGUGCCUUUGCUAUGUCUUAGUGCAGCCGACGACCCGUUCCAGCCGCUGGAUGCAAUUCCUAUCAAAGCUGCAGCGAAGUCGUCCCAUGUUGCAAUUUUAAUUACAGCUCGCGGUGGUCAUAUUGGUUUUCUUGAAGGCUGGUGGCCGGCUAACAAGGAACAAUAUAUGGGCCGACUGUUUAGUCAAUUUUUCGCAGCAGCUUUAUUUGAUCCGAAUAAUGAGUUCUACCGCACGGCGCAGCUUAUGAUGGAGCACAACCUACAGGCAUCAACUUCGGUUCCUACGACACCGGUUUCUAGAUCGUCCAGCCCUAUACGAAAAAAAUCCAUUCCAUUCUAAUAGUGAAGAGAACUACCCAAGCAAUUGUGACGUUCACCUUAUCAACUAAUUUGCAAAACCAUUUGUGAUAACGAUAAAAAUAAUUGUGCAAACAGGUAGUUGUGAGGUUAAAAACAACAUUCACAGCACAAAUUCAAUAUUAAUCAAGCCAACUUCAAUUAAGAUCAUAGACAUGUUAUGAUUUUGAACGAAUAAACAUUUGUUGCCGAGUUUACCAAAAUUGAGCAAUGUCUCAGUCUAGAUUCGGGUCAACAGUUGUUGCGUACAGUUUUAUACCAAGUAAUUAAAUACUAAAGCUUUAACGAACAGUCAAUGCGAACGGUUGCCUUUGAAGCACAUAGUUAUAGGUUAUUUGAAUAAUAAGCAAGAUUAUUGGUUCUGUAAUGCUAAACAAAAGUUGCAUGUUUUGAUUGUUGUUAUCAGUUAUAAUGAU